AUGGCGCCCCUCGAGCCCCUGGCUGCAACAGCCGAGCUGGGCCCCGAGCCAGAAGAAAUGCGCCGCCGAUCCCUCUCCUCAGGCCCGCUCAGCGCUUCCAUCGCAUCACUACGGGCAUCAGGCACACUCGGCACAGCAAGGAAAGGAGGAGCAGGAGGGCUCCUGGCGAGUCUAGGCCUGGGAGGCGUUGCGCGCCGCACCCUUGGCAUAGCUCUGCUCCUCCUCACCGUCUUCCUGUGGACGGCGUCCAACUUCCUGGCGAGCUACAUCUUCUCCGACCACACCUACGAUAAACCGUUUUUCGUGGUAUACAUAAACACGUCCGUCUUCGCGAUCAGUCUGAUACCGCUAUUUGUGAGGUACUAUAUGCGCCAUGGCAUGCAGGGAGUUAGGGCGGAGCUGGUAGAGCUGUGGGUUAAUGAGAAGGGCAGGGAGUAUAAACAAGGGGGUGGGAAUAAGAGGGCGAGAGGGAACUCGUUGCUCGGGCAGCCCACAGUAUUCAAGACAUCCGAUGACGAGGAACAUGGUCUACUCAGCGGGCAAGCAGACGACGAUGAAGACGACGACCGAGACGCAGAAGCGGGCAGCAGCUCAGGCGACAGCACCACGAGCGCGAUGCAGAUCCAGGACGCGCCGGGUCUCGAGAAGCCCCCGGCCGACAAGCUCUCCCUCCGCGAGACAGGCAUCCUGAGCCUCGAGUUCUGCAUGCUCUGGUUCUGCGCCAACUACUUCGCGUCGGCGUGUCUCGAGUACACCUCGGUCGGGUCGGUGACGAUCCUGACGUCGACGUCGUCGGUGUGGACGCUGAUCUUCUGCGCCGCCAUGCGCGUCGAGUCCUUCAGCGCGCGCAAGCUGGCGGGGGUGCUGGCGUCGCUGGCCGGCGUGGUGCUCAUCUCCAGCGUCGACCUGUCGGGCAAGAGCGACGAGGACCGCGGCAGCUUCCCGCACAAGAGCCAGGCCAGCAUCGCCGUCGGGGACGGCAUGGCUUUCUUUAGUGCUAUUGUGUACGGCCUGUACGUCACCGUCAUGAAGAGGCGCGUCGGCGACGAGGACCGCGUCAACAUGCCGCUUUUCUUUGGCCUCGUCGGCCUGCUCAACCUGAUCUUCCUGUGGCCGGGGUUCUUCCUCCUGCACUGGACCGGCAUCGAGCCGUUCGGGUGGCCGCCUACGGGGAAGGUGUGGGCCAUUAUUAUUCUCAACUCCCUCUCCUCCUUCGUCAGCGACAUGUCCUGGGCCUUCGCCAUGCUGCUCACCUCCCCGCUGGUCGUCACUGUCGGCCUGUCGCUGACCAUCCCGCUCUCGCUCAUCGGCGAGAUGAUCCAGUACGCCCAGUACUCGAGCUGGAUCUACUGGGUCGGCGCAGGCAUAGUGCUGGUCUCGUUCCUGUUCAUCAACCACGAGAGCGCCGAGGAGGGGGAGAAAGACAGGCAGACUGCGUCAUAG